AUGGCAAUCAGGUCACAUUCGCCAUCUCCGAAUUAUACUUGUGUUGUCAUAUCAUUUAUAGGUUUAGCUGUGUCGCUCUACGCUCUAUACGUAGAACAUAAUUUAGAUAAUGACAGCAGUUAUCGGCCAUUGUGUGAUAUAGCUUAUUAUGUUAGCUGCUCGAAAGCUUUUCAAUCACCAUUUGCCAAUGACCUCGGAGUUGCAUCAUCUAUUCUUGGAGCUGACCAUAUAUUAACACGGGCAUAUUGGACUAAAGUGACAUUGAACCGAAAGACAUACGGAGCAGACCCAUCCAACACUUACUGGAGCACCGUGGCAAUGGCAGCUAGCUCGAUAAUCUAUUGA